CGGAAAAUCAUGUUUUGUUAUUUUUACACUCUAAAAUUACCGUUCAAAUUUAGGUUCCUGCUCGUGUUGAGUAAAACACGGAUGGACUAAUCAAUAUGGGAACCUUAAAGGGUAUUUUGAUGUUUGCCUUGGUUUUUGAGCAAUAUAUAUGUGUGUCCGUCGAUAUUAAUCAAGAGACUAUUCAGAAGUUAUUUCCUUAUUUAAGAAAUUACACGGUAAUUACCUCCCCGUGUCUUCAGAUAUCACACAAUUUAAUUCGAAUAGAUUUAGUUGCAUUUGGUAAAAACAUAAAUCUCAUUCUUGAGCAAGAAUCUGCAGAUGCGUUUUCAAUGACAAACCUGACAGUGAAUGGCGAAACACUUUCAAAAUCUCAGUCCGAAAAAGUAAUGAAAGAAUCUUCACUUGUGAAAGGAUAUGAUAACAAUAUUCCGGAAUCUUCAUUUGCAUUUGGGAAAAAAUGUGGUAACAAUUAUGAUGGAUUUGUUUCAUACAAAAACGAGUUGUACUUUAUCGAACCUUUAGAGAAGUACUCGUUAAUUUCGAACAAAUCAAUUGUGUACAGAAAAUCGGAUAUGGAUGAAAGUUACUUCGCAUCUCGCAUUGAUUUCCUUGACGCCAAAAUCACGCAAAAACAAGCUUUCAAUGCCAUUAAAAGCUCAAUUUUAUCACCAAAAUAUCUUGAUAUUUCUUAUGAAAAGAACCCUCAUUUUAUUUCAAAACGCGCCGCUUCGCCAACUUCAAGGGCAUGUUCCUUACACGUUGUUGCCGAUCACAUAUUUUUUGAAAAUAUCGGAGGUUCCUCUUUGUCGAAAACAAUAUCUGAGAUGCGCUAUCAAGUAAGCCAAGCUGAUAUGAUAUUCCGAAGCACCGACUUCAAUGGAAAUGGAUAUGGCGACAAUAUUGGAUUCGAAAUAUCCAACAUCACCGUAUUCACUGACCCUAACUACAGCGGCUACUACAUGUCGGACCUAAGUCUGGACGUCAAUGAUUACCUAUCCACGUUUUCUAAAUACGACUUCGACCAAUCGUGUCUGGCUGUGGCUUUUACUUAUCGUGACUUCGAUCGUGGCGUUGUCGGACUGGCUUGGAUGGGAUCUUCAAGCUUAUAUGGGUAUCCUGGUGGUCUUUGCCAAAGAAGAAUACAGUCCGAUGGGGUUAUGUACAGUUAUAACACGGCACUCGUCACCAUGCUUAACUACGGCGCGCGAGUAAACAGUUACGAGUCAUCAAUGGUGUUGACACAUGAAUUUGGUCACAAUUUUGGGAGUUUGCAUGAUUCGGAUGGUGACCCUUCUUGUUUUUCUGAAACAUACGGAAAUUUCAUAAUGUAUCCAACAUCUGGCGAGGGUACAAAACCAAAUGAAAACAAAUUUUCCCCUUGCAGUAUAAACAUGAUUUAUCCAGUCAUUGUGAACAAAGGUUGGUGUCUCGCUGAUAGAAGUACCCCGUCUUGUGGAAAUAGCAUCGUAGAGCCAGGCGAAGAAUGUGAUUGUGGUACCUCGUUUACCUGUGUAUACACUGACAACUGCUGUACUCCCUCGGACGUGACGAACUCUCCCGACGCGCCGUGUACAUUUAGAAGAUCGGAAGGCAAAGUGUGCUCACCAAGAACAGGGCUCUGUUGUGAACAGAGCUGUACAUUUACGCCAACCAGUGUCCAGAAAGUGUGCGGGAUCUCCUCAGAAUGCCAGGAGACUGUCGUCUGCGAUGGAAACAAUUCGGUAUGUCCCGACGCAACCCUUAAGCCAGACAACACUUCAUGUGACUCUGAUAGAAAAUUGUGUGACAAUGGAACAUGCUCAAAGAGUUCCUGUGAAAGGAACAAUCUUGUUGAAUGCCAGUGCACGACUGUGUCUCAUGAUAUGUGUAAACUCUGUUGCAAAGCGCCGAAUACUGGUGACUGUAAACCAGCUAACGAGUUUAGUAUCCUCUCCACCACAAGUGACGUCAUUAUGUUAGCAUCCGGGUCAUCAUGCAAUGAAUUUACUGGAUUUUGUGACUCACGACACACUUGUAUCUCUGAAGAUCCUAAUGAUGUAAUAGACAGACUGAAAGACGCCUUUAGCUCUCAAGUCAGACAAGACAUUGGGUUAUGGAUGAAGAACAAUUGGUAUUACGUGUUCUUUGGAUUGUUGAGUUUGUUCAUGCUCAUUAUCCUGUUCAUUGGUUGUAGAAGAAAAAACGAAAACGUGCAAGGUCGGGCAUACCGGCAGGGAAGAUUCGAACAGGUAAUGGCACAAGCAAGGAUAGAAAGAGAAAAGCAAGAAAGGAAGAUGAAUGUCUUAGCGGCCAUGUUUGACAAGAGAAUUCGAAAAGUACAACACGGCCACGAGAGUUUGGAAUACACGUACGCCGUUGUCCGACUCUCAGUCUUCUUUCCAACAGCAACCAAGGAGGUGAUCCGACAGGCGCUGGCCAAGUGUACUUCAGAGGACGUGGCAGUCCGACAUUUACUGGUCAGUGGCUUCCCGAUGAGAAAGAUGGUCUGUGCGAAAGACUUUAUGGUCAGCUAAAAUAGUAAUGUUUUCACUUAUACAUGAUCGACUAUUUUCUUUCACGCAUUUUUUCUGGUUAUAUUCUCGAUUGUCCGUUAUUCGUGAAAGUUUUAUCUUUUGUACGUUGUUCAUUAAAUUUUGUUACAUAUUAUUCUCAAUAAUAAUAAUAAAACUUAAUAAUGUAUUAUUCUCAAUAAGAAUGGGUUUUUUUUAUUAAUUAAGAAGUAUAUAUGAAAAGGUUUAUUUUCAACCUAAUAGUUAGUACUCCCUUAAAAGCUAAAAGUACGCUGAAGGAGUUUGGAUGGGCUACAUUCGCCUAAAAAUCAUUUGUCUAGCUUAACUAAAGUAUAGAGAAAAUAUUUUAGAUUUAGAUUUGAAAUAUUUCUCUAUAUAUAUAUUGCAAUACAGAACACUUUUCCUUAGCAAUACAGAUAGAAUGGCACAAAAAUGGCCUUGUCCUUUUAAAAUGUAGUAGCACGUACCUGUAUUAAAUAAGCUUUACAUUUCGUUAUUUGAGUUUGAUACAUUUGUGUUGCUUUAUUGUUUGAAAUUGUACAACAGUAUGGCAAAUAAAAUGUGCAGUAAAAUUCAUUAUGAAUU